AUGUCGGUAUAUCAAGAAAACUGUGAGUCAGAUUUUGGAGAAAAGUCAUCUGUCAAUGCUGACUCGUCAGUAGCAGAAUUCUCUUCUUUAUCAUGGCCUUCAAAGAUUAAAGCUGUGCUGUGGGGUAAUCCACCGAAAGAUUUGCUUGAGAGAAAGCUGCUUUUGAAGAUAGACAUUUUAGUGAUGUCAUUCGUUUGCUUGAAUUAUUGGAUUAACUAUGUCGAUCGAUCCAAUGUGGCAAACGCCUACGUUUCAGGUAUGAGAGGCGAUCUAGGAAUGACAGGUGAUGAUUUUAACAUUAUUAAUACCGUGUUCACCGUGGGUUAUGUCGUUUCUAUGAUUCCCAAUAAUAUCAUGAUACUUAAAGUUUCACCACGCUACUGGUUAUCAUUCUGCUGCUUCGCUUGGGCUUUGCUGACUUUGGGUUUAUACAAGGUUACAUCGUAUAAGCAGAUCUGCGUCAUUAGAUUCUUCCAAGCGUGUUUUGAGAGUUCCACCUUCGCUGGUACCCACCUCAUACUAGGUUCAUGGUACAAAGAGCAUGAAAUCAAUACAAGAAGUGCGACAUUUACCAGCAGUGGAUUAAUAGGCAUAAUUUUCUCAGGAUUUAUGCAAGGAUCAAUUUAUUCCACAAUGAAUGGCAAAAGAGGAUUGGAGGGUUGGAGAUGGCUUUUUAUAAUUGAUUUCAUUAUCACCAUUCCUAUCUGUGUCUAUGGUUUUUUCUGCUUUCCUGGUACUCCGGAAAACAGCAAGCCCUCUUUUUUCUUUUCCGAGGAGGAGCUUAAGUUGGCUAAAGCCAGAUUACCUCCCAGAAAGAAGACAAAGCUGGAUCUUUCCGUCUUCAAGCGAGUGAUGGGAGGGUGGCAUUGGUGGUUGUUCAGUCUGUUAUGGGUCCUCGGUGGUGAAAAUGAGUCCUUUGGUUCAAACUCGUUGUUUGCUCUUUGGUUAAGCUUUAAUAAUUAUACUAUCGCGCAAAGAAACCACUAUCCUAUGGGUGUAUACGGAGUCGGUAUUGUUGCAACAUAUUCUGCAGCCUUAUAUCUUGAUCGUACCGGGGGUAAAAAACAUUGGCUGAUUGCCGUUAUUAUUAGUGUGAUCCUUGUAGUUGUGUCUAUUAUGACCUUGGCGUCUCCACUUAGGGAUGGUGUGAUAUUUGCAGCUCAAUAUCUUUCCGGUGUUUCGUAUUCUGGUCAGGCGAUCUUUUUCGCUUGGGCCAACUUGGCCUGCAAAAAUGACAUCGAGGAAAGGGCAAUCGUGUUGGCAUCAAUGAAUAUGUUUUCAGGGGCUGUUAAUGCUUGGUGGUCAUUACUGUUUUACUCUGCUACAACAGUACCAAGAUUCAGGAGGGGCUGUUAUGCCAUGAUUGCUACGACGGUUUCUUCCGCCAUCGUGGCUGUUGUUAUGAGACAAUUGCAAAAGAGAGACGGAAAAUUGAAGGCAGCAGAUGAGGAAACCACUAGAGGUACUGUAAGUUAUAUAGAUGGGAUCGAAACUCCCGAGGAAGUAAAGGAUGAUAUUAAAAUCCAUUGA